CUCCGCAGUCCGCCGGUAGUCAUUAAUCCAUUAUUUUUCUUUGUAUGAAGUUUUGUGAUCACACUUUAAAAACGAGUCACUCCCUCACUCCCUUUCCCCUACUACACUACCCUCAACACUCUCUUCUCUUUCAAGAUUCAACCCACUCCUUGCAGACCCUUAUUAUCUCCGGCGUCUCACCGGAGAGGCAUUUCAAAAAAAAAACUGCUUUUUUGGUCAAAGUCCUUAAACCCGAUCGCCACUUUUGCUUGAGAGUUUCAGUGUGAACACAAAUAUUGAGAGAGAGAGAGAGAGGAAAGAUUUAAAAAAAAGAUUGGAACUUCCUUUUGGACUGUUGCGUACCGCGUGAGCCCACAAACUCCCAAGCUAGAAGGCGUAUUGUGGCCUAUUUUGUGCAGAGAAGCUUCGAAAUUUCGGAGUGAUCUUUUCUGGUUCGAUUCUUGCAUGAUUUUGAAUUGGUGGCCAAGCUGGGAUUAGAGUGCCAUUAUGAUGGGGUGGAUGAGAUGACCAUGUUAGAUACAAUCUGUUAAAAUCUUCAGAUCCUUUAUUGGAAAGAAUUGUAUUUUUGAAUACUUUUACCUGAAUCCACUAGUUUCUCUAUGUAGAUUGUCUUAUGUUUACUUUUGCAUUCUUUGGUUCAGUGAGGGGAAGCUUUAAAACAGAAAUGAUGGAACACAAAAGAGGUCCCAUCUCACUUGAACAUAGUAGCAUGGCAUCUAUAGCUCCUAAACGUCACAAGGCAGAAAUGUCACUUUCUUCCAAGGAAAAGAAAGAGAAAUUUGGCGAGCGUAUCGCAGCUCUGCAGCAGCUUGUGUCACCAUUUGGAAAGACAGACACAGCCUCUGUUCUUUUUGAAGCAAUGGGGUACAUAAAUUUCCUCCAUGAACAGGUUAAGGUGUUGAGUGCUCCUUAUCUCCAUUCUACGACAGCAUCUAAUAUACAGGAAUCUCACCCGUACAGUUUGAGAGGUAAGGGCUUAUGUCUUGUGCCUCUGUCCUACACCAACGGAGUUGCCAGUAGCAAUGGUGCAGAUAUAUGGGCCCCCGUUAAGUCGGUUCCAAAAUGUUGAGCUACACCGCACUCUUCUUGCUAAGCAUGUGAACCAAAGUAGCUAUAAAUAAAACUGCAGUACAUUAACCCCGAGGCUGGCAGUGUUUUUGGGAAGCAUUUAGUAGUUAGAGCCUAUUACUUAUUGUCCAGUUUUAACGCAAAUGUAAAUGCUCGAUGAACAUGGAGAUGAAUGAUUGAUAUUGUCAGUACGCGCUUGCCCUUAAUA